CGUGAUCUGUCAGUUCGCGGAGAGGGAAGAAUAUGGCCGCCGGGUGUGGUGAGGGCGACGCGCUUGCAGUCGCCGUCUCUUGCUUCCCCGUCCUCUGACAUCGCCUGCAGCCGAGCGGGCCCGUUCCGCCGGAGCUGAGGACCAGGUAUUCAAAUAAAGUUAAUUGCAGCUUUCUGUGAAAAUGUCAGUUUUGAUAUCACAGAGCGUAAUAAAUUAUGUAGAGGAAGAAAACAUUCCUGCUCUGAAAGCUCUUCUUGAAAAAUGCAAAGAUGUAGAUGAGAGAAAUGAGUGUGGCCAGACUCCACUGAUGAUAGCUGCCGAACAAGGAAAUCUGGAAAUAGUGAAGGAAUUAAUUAAGAAUGGAGCUAACUGCAAUCUGGAAGAUUUGGAUAAUUGGACAGCACUUAUAUCUGCAUCGAAAGAAGGGCAUGUGCACAUCGUAGAGGAACUACUGAAAUGUGGGGUUAACUUGGAGCACCGUGAUAUGGGAGGAUGGACAGCUCUUAUGUGGGCAUGUUACAAAGGCCGUACUGACGUAGUAGAGUUGCUUCUUUCUCAUGGUGCCAAUCCAAGUGUCACUGGUCUGCAGUACAGUGUUUACCCAAUCAUUUGGGCAGCAGGGAGAGGCCAUGCAGAUAUAGUUCAUCUUUUACUGCAAAAUGGUGCUAAAGUCAACUGCUCUGAUAAGUAUGGAACCACCCCUUUAGUUUGGGCUGCACGAAAGGGUCAUUUGGAAUGUGUGAAACAUUUAUUGGCCAUGGGAGCUGAUGUGGAUCAAGAAGGAGCUAAUUCAAUGACUGCACUUAUUGUGGCAGUGAAAGGAGGUUACACACAGUCAGUAAAAGAAAUUUUGAAGAGGAAUCCAAAUGUGAACUUAACAGAUAAAGAUGGAAAUACAGCUUUGAUGAUUGCAUCAAAGGAGGGACAUACGGAGAUUGUGCAGGAUCUGCUCGACGCUGGAACAUAUGUGAACAUACCUGACAGGAGUGGGGAUACUGUGUUGAUUGGCGCUGUCAGAGGUGGUCAUGUUGAAAUUGUUCGAGCGCUUCUCCAAAAAUAUGCUGAUAUAGACAUUAGAGGACAGGAUAAUAAAACUGCUUUGUAUUGGGCUGUUGAGAAAGGAAAUGCAACAAUGGUGAGAGAUAUCUUACAGUGCAAUCCUGACACUGAAAUAUGCACAAAGGAUGGUGAAACGCCACUUAUAAAGGCUACCAAGAUGAGAAACAUUGAAGUGGUGGAGCUGCUGCUAGAUAAAGGUGCUAAAGUGUCUGCUGUGGAUAAGAAAGGAGAUACUCCCUUGCAUAUUGCUAUUCGUGGAAGGAGCCGGAAACUGGCAGAACUGCUUUUAAGAAAUCCCAAAGAUGGGCGAUUACUUUAUAGGCCCAACAAAGCAGGCGAGACUCCUUAUAAUAUUGACUGUAGCCAUCAGAAGAGUAUUUUAACUCAGAUAUUUGGAGCCAGACACUUGUCUCCUACUGAAACAGACGGUGACAUGCUUGGAUAUGAUUUAUAUAGCAGUGCCCUGGCAGAUAUUCUCAGUGAGCCUACCAUGCAGCCACCCAUUUGUGUGGGGUUGUAUGCACAGUGGGGAAGUGGGAAAUCUUUCUUACUCAAGAAACUAGAAGAUGAAAUGAAAACCUUCGCCGGACAACAGAUUGAGCCUCUCUUUCAGUUCUCAUGGCUCAUAGUGUUUCUUACCCUGCUACUUUGUGGAGGGCUUGGUUUAUUGUUUGCCUUCACGGUCCACCCAAAUCUUGGAAUAGCAGUGUCACUGAGCUUCUUGGCUCUCUUAUAUAUAUUCUUUAUUGUCAUUUACUUUGGUGGACGAAGAGAAGGAGAGAGUUGGAAUUGGGCCUGGGUCCUCAGCACUAGAUUGGCAAGACAUAUUGGAUAUUUGGAACUCCUCCUUAAAUUGAUGUUUGUGAAUCCACCUGAGUUGCCAGAGCAGACUACUAAAGCUUUACCUGUGAGGUUUUUGUUUACAGAUUACAAUAGACUGUCCAGUGUAGGUGGAGAAACUUCUCUGGCUGAAAUGAUUGCAACCCUCUCGGAUGCUUGUGAAAGAGAGUUUGGCUUUUUGGCAACCAGGCUUUUUCGAGUAUUCAAGACUGAAGAUACUCAGGGUAAAAAGAAAUGGAAAAAAACAUGUUGUCUCCCAUCUUUCGUCAUCUUCCUUUUUAUCAUUGGCUGCAUUAUAUCUGGAAUUACUCUUCUGGCUAUAUUUAGAGUUGAUCCAAAGCAUCUGACUGUAAAUGCUGUCCUCAUAUCAAUCGCAUCUGUAGUGGGAUUGGCCUUUGUGUUGAACUGUCGUACAUGGUGGCAAGUGCUGGACUCGCUCCUGAAUUCCCAAAGAAAACGCCUCCAUAAUGCAGCCUCCAAACUGCACAAAUUGAAAAGUGAAGGAUUCAUGAAAGUUCUUAAAUGUGAAGUGGAAUUGAUGGCCAGGAUGGCAAAAACCAUUGACAGCUUCACUCAGAAUCAGACAAGGCUGGUGGUCAUCAUCGAUGGAUUAGAUGCCUGUGAGCAGGACAAAGUCCUUCAGAUGCUGGACACUGUCCGAGUUCUGUUUUCAAAAGGCCCGUUCAUUGCCAUUUUUGCAAGUGAUCCACAUAUUAUCAUAAAGGCAAUUAACCAGAACCUCAAUAGUGUGCUGCGGGAUUCAAAUAUAAAUGGCCAUGACUACAUGCGCAACAUAGUCCAUUUGCCUGUGUUCCUUAAUAGUCGUGGACUAAGCAAUGCAAGAAAAUUUCUCGUAACUUCAGCAACAAAUGGAGACGUUCCAUGCUCAGAUACUACAGGGAUACAGGAAGAUGCUGACAGAAGAGUUUCACAGAACAGCCUUGGGGAGAUGACAAAAGUUGGUAGCAAGACAGCCCUCAAUAGACGGGACACUUACCGAAGAAGGCAGAUGCAGAGGACCAUCACUCGCCAGAUGUCCUUUGAUCUUACAAAACUGCUGGUUACCGAGGACUGGUUCAGUGACAUCAGUCCCCAGACCAUGAGAAGAUUACUUAAUAUUGUUUCUGUGACAGGACGAUUACUGAGAGCCAAUCAGAUUAGUUUCAACUGGGACAGGCUUGCUAGCUGGAUCAACCUUACUGAGCAGUGGCCAUACCGGACUUCAUGGCUCAUAUUAUAUUUGGAAGAGACUGAAGGUAUUCCAGAUCAAAUGACAUUAAAAACCAUCUACGAAAGAAUAUCAAAGAAUAUUCCAACAACUAAGGAUGUUGAGCCACUUCUUGAAAUUGAUGGAGAUAUAAGAAAUUUUGAAGUGUUUUUGUCUUCAAGGACCCCAGUUCUUGUGGCUCGAGAUGUAAAAGUCUUUUUGCCAUGCACUGUAAACCUAGAUCCCAAACUACGGGAAAUUAUUGCAGAUGUUCGUGCUGCCAGAGAGCAGAUCAGUAUUGGAGGACUGGCGUACCCCCCGCUCCCUCUACAUGAGGGUCCUCCUAGGGCGCCAUCAGGGUACAGCCAGCCCCCAUCCGUGUGCUCUUCCACGUCCUUCAAUGGGCCCUUCGCAGGUGGAGUGGUGUCACCACAGCCUCACAGCAGCUAUUACAGCGGCAUGACGGGCCCUCAGCAUCCCUUCUACAACAGGCCAUUCUUUGCCCCAUACCUUUACACGCCAAGGUAUUACCCUGGCGGCUCCCAACAUCUCAUCUCACGUCCAUCAGUAAAAACGAGUUUGCCCAGAGAUCAGAACAAUGGCCUAGAAGUUAUCAAGGAGGAUGCUGCUGAGGGGCUUUCUUCACCCACAGACUCCUCGAGGGGGUCAGGCCCAGCCCCAGGCCCAGUGGUAUUACUGAAUUCACUGAAUGUGGAUGCAGUAUGUGAGAAGCUGAAACAAAUAGAAGGGCUGGACCAGAGUAUGCUGCCUCAGUAUUGUACCACGAUCAAAAAGGCAAACAUAAAUGGCCGUGUGUUAGCUCAGUGUAACAUUGAUGAACUGAAGAAAGAGAUGAAUAUGAAUUUUGGAGACUGGCACCUUUUCAGAAGCACAGUACUAGAAAUGAGAAACGCAGAAAGCCAUGUGGUCCCUGAAGACCCACGUUUCCUCAGUGAGAGCAGCAGUGGCCCAGCCCCGCACGGUGAGCCUGCUCGCCGCGCUUCCCACAACGAGCUGCCUCACACCGAGCUCUCCAGCCAGACGCCCUACACACUCAACUUCAGCUUCGAAGAGCUGAACACGCUUGGCCUGGAUGAAGGUGCCCCUCGUCACAGUAAUCUAAGUUGGCAGGAAGAAAAUGCUGGCCUUGAGAUAGAUAGCUCUUCAGAGGAUCCAGAUUAAACUAAGUUCGAGUCACUUCCCACAGUUGACUUCCUCACCAAAUAAUAAGGGGGUGAAGAAGACUCGGCCUACCUACUACUCAGUAAUCCUGCUGUCCAGUCAACUGGAGAAGAGAGAUUUGUUCACCUCUACUAGUUUUAUUUAUUCUUAGUAGUUGUAGAAUUUAAAUUGGUUUUAAUGAAAUGUUCCUUUUAUGAAAUUUUAAAUAAAAGCCAUUUAGUGUAUAUUUGGUAUAGCAAGAAGCAUGUGAAUAAGCUCUAUAUAACCUGACAUUGCGCAUCUUACAGCAUCCUCUUGGUCAGAUGUCUAAUAAAAAGAUUGUUAUUUUCAAAUUUGUCAUAGUUCCUGCAACUUGCACUUUUUAAAGCUGUGUUUAUGAGAAUUUAUAGACUGCAUAUUGCUAUACUUGAUGGAAAUUAAACUAUUUUUAUUUUGAAAGAAGUUAAUUUAUAUUUUAAGUUCUUUAUGUUUUUCUCCUUUUACCUGAGUUCUUUUCAGUCAUUUUGUGUUGUAAGUUUUUUUUAGGUUGUCAUAUAUUUUUCUUUUUUCGGUUACCAUCCUAGUUUACUGUAAAACAUUUCUUAGAGCAAUAGAUUGGGAAAGAGCCUCGAGACAUCUUUUAGACCAAAUCCUAGAUCUCAGAAAGCCAGUGGACAUUCAGUAAAUACUUGUUGGCCAGGUGCCGUGGCUCACGCCUAUAAUCCCAGCACUUCAGGAGGCCAAGGUGGGAGGAUGGCUUGAGCCCAGAAGUUCAAGACCAGCCUGGGUAACAUAAUGGGAUUCCAUCUCUACAAAAAUAAAAAUAAAAAAAUUAGCCAGGAAUGGUGGUGUGCACCUGUAGUCCCAGCUACUCAGGAGGCUGAGGUAGGAGGAUUCCCUGAGCCUGAGAGGUUGAGGAUGCAGUAAGUGGUGAUCACACCACUGCACUCCAGCCUGGGUUACAGGGUGAGGCCCUGUCUCAAAUAAAUAAAUAAUUAAAACUUGUUAAGUGAAUGAAUAAACUAGGGGGGGCAACUCUGAGAGUGUCUGCCCACAAAUCCUACACAGUGCCUUCAAAUUACUGGGUGCAGUGGCUCACACCUGUAAUCCCAGCACUUUGAGAGUCUGAGAUGGGCAGAUCAUCUGAGGUCAGGAGUUCAAGACCAACCUAGCCGACAUGGUGAAACCCCGUCUCUACUAAAAUACAAAAAUUAGGCGGGUGUGGUGGCAGGUGCCUAUGGCCCCAGCUACUCAGGAGGCUGAGGCAAGAGAAGCACUUGAACGUGGGAGACGGAGGUUGCAGAGAGCCAAGAUCGCACCGCUGCACUCCAACCUGGGCGACAGAGUGAGACUCCGUCUCAGAAAAUAAAACAAAAUACCGAAUGUAAAUCCCUUAACAUUGUGCUGUUGUGCCACAGCUCCUUACAGGUCCCACCUUCCCUCUCACUUUCUGCCCACCCUGUUACCUGCCUGGCCCCUGUAAGCUUUUCUGCUUGUGCUUUUGGAAAUCUUUCAACCACAGUAGCAUGCUUUGUUGCAAACUCUCAGGGACCUAAGCCAGGCAUGGUGGCAUGCACUUGUAAUCCCAGCUACUUGGAGAGGCUGAGGCGGGAGGAUCACUUGAGCCCAGGAGUUCAAGACCAGCCUGGGCAACAUAGCGAGAACAUGUCUCAAAAAUAAAAAGGAAAAAAAGGGGAAAAAAACCCUCCCAGGGACAGAUAUCCACAGCCAGUCUUGAUAAGCUCCAUCAUUUUAAAGUGCAAGGCGGUGCCUCCCAUGUGGAUGAUUAUUUAAUCCUCUUGUACUUUGUUUAGUCCUUUGCGGAAAUGCCCAUCUUAUAAAUUAAUAGAAUUCUAGAAUCUAAUUAAAAUGGUUCAACUCUACAUUUUACUUUAGGAUAAUAUCACGACCAUCACAGAAUGUCUGAGAUGUGGAUUUACCCUAUCUGUAGCUCAGUUCUUCAACCAUUCUUUUAGCAAGGCUAGUUAUCUUCAGUGACAACCCCUUGCUGCCCUCUACUAUCUCCUCCCUCAGAUGGACUACUCUGAUUAAGCUUGAGCUAGAAUAAGCAUGUUAUCCUGGGAUUCCAUAUGGAAUAUUUUAUACAUGAGUGAGCCAUUAUGAGUUGUUUGAAAAUUUAUUAUGUUGAGGGAGGGUAACUGCUGUAACAACCAUCACCAAAUCUAAUCGACUGAAUACGUUUGACGUUUAUUUCUUGUUCACCUGACAGUUCAGUGUUACCUAAAUUUACAUGAACACUCAGAGGCCCACGCUCCUUCAUUUUGGGCUCCACCGACCUCCAAGGUUUCAGGGCCCUCUGCCUUGCCUUCUGCACCCAGAGGGGAAGAGAGUGGAGGAUGCACACGCCCAGGCCUGGAAGCGACGCAUGUGGCUUCCCCGUCCACAGACUUCACCCAUAGUCCAUUGGCCUUCUUAAGUCAUGGACUCCUGCUGAGCUGCCAGGGUGCGUGGGAAAUCCAUGUGACUGUGUGCCCUGGAGGAAGGGGAGCGUUUCGGUGAGCACACAGGAGUCUUUGCCACUAGAUGCUGAUGAGGAUUCCCCACAGCCGAUGAAGCAUGGAGACUCAUCUUGUAACAAACAGAUGAGUUGUUGACAUCUCUUAAGUUUACUUUGUGUGCAGUUUUUAUUCAGAUAGGAAAGGCUGUUAAAAUCUUAACACCUAACUGGAAGAAGGCUUUUAGAGAAGGGUGGUUUUCAGUAAGCCAGUUCUUUCCACAAUCCAAGAAACGAAAUAAAUUUCCAGCAUAGAGCAGUUUGCAGAUAAGGUUUUUGUUGUGGUCUCGCCCAGGCUGGAGUGUAACCGGUGUGGUCAUAGCUCACUACAUUCUCAAACUCCUGGCCUUAAGUCAUCCUCCCGCCUCAGCCUCCCAAAGGCAAGUAAGGUUAAGAAUAGGGGAAAGGUGAAGUUUCACAGCUUUUCUAGAAUUCUUUUUGUUCAAGGGACUCUCAGAUCAUCAAACCCACCCAGAAUCUGCUCAAUUUUCAAGAUUUGCUUAUAAAUAUUUAUAAUAUAAACACUCAAUUGCUAUCUGUUUUUUAGGUUCUCCUCUCUCUCCCAGAACAGUGGUAACAGGAACUCCUGGGGGCUCUCCCUGUUCUUGCAGAUGUGUCAGGAUGUGUUCCUGGGGGGCUCCCAUGCCAGUCCACACCCUCUGUGGUGUAAGCAGGGAUUGGUAAUUAAUGAGAUGCUAAACCCUCCAGAAGUGAGCGCUCAUGUCCCAGAAACACAUCUUCCACCUCAGAAGCCAGUGGGAAAACUAGACUUUGUGUCUGCGUAUUUGUUCUUAAACACACUCUUCUGCAGUCUAACUCUGCUGACCACUUUCCAGUUUGCUCAUAUCAGAAUUUCUUCGGUUCUAAGAUGCAUAUUAUCUUUUUGUAUUCUGACUUGUUAGAAAUUAGAAUAUGUCUUGCAGUCAAUAAAAUCUAUGACAACAUUUUUUUUUCUUAAUGGUUCCUAAAACUCCUAGUUGAUGGUGUCUUGCUUAGGUUUAAUGAAAGAGAUUUUAAUAUAUGGCAUGGUUAUGUUGAGUUGUAUCUCUAUCAGUAUUAAUGGGCUGGGGAUGAUUUAUAUUCAACUGAACCCCCAGGUUCAACAUUUUGUGUUGAAUAUUUAUUUUAUCAGUUAUUCUUUAUCCUGUACUCAUUUUGGAUACUUACUAAAGUAUUGUAUGUAUUUGUUAUAAUAAAAUGGCUUACCGUGUUUGAACACGCUGUGUAUCUGACAAUGUUCUAAGACCUAAUUUGAUCUUCAUGACAACUUCAUAAAAUAGUUACUAUUAUCCUCAAUUCACAAAUGAGAAAGUGAGACACAGAGAUGCUAAGGAAUUGCCCAAAGUCACACAGCUACUGAGUGGCAGAGCCAGGGUCCGGGCCCAGGCAGUGUGGCUCCAGGUGCCGCCCACUCUUGACGUGAUACUUACCGUCAAUGCUCCUUACCAGUUAGGGAUGAGCUGAUUCUCAUAUUUUUCCAAGAUACAUUUUAAUUUUAGCUUUAUUUGCUGUAUCAUCAUCAUCAGUAUCAUCAUCAUCAUCAGUUUUCUUGUUUUAAAAUAGGGUUUGGAGUCUCUUCAAGGCUUUCUGUUUUGGAAAAGUAAAACUUAAAAAUCUAUAGCCAUGUGAAUUAUACUUAUGGAGAAAAAGAGUCUUGUUUUAUUAACAUCAGACAUCUUUGUUCGUACUAAUUAUUUUGGAGUAAUGUUCAGCAUCAGGCUAAUGAUCGAUGGAUAUCACUCAUCCAAUUAUGAUGCAUGGAUUAGACCACGGCCUUAAACUUUGUACGUAGUGUUGAAUAAAUUCAUCUUAGUUGCAGUCUUAUUGUCAUCUAGCUUUGAUACACUUGCCCUUUCAUAUGUCUCUUGUCACUAUUCUGUGUAAGAUUAUAAUCCCAAAUACCACUAUAUGUAUUUUUCUUCAUAUUCUAUUAUUGAACAGUAUUAAUGCUUAAUGUUAAUAUAUAAGUAAUAUAUACAUUUUAAAAAUUA